AGCGGGGCGGGCGGAGCGAGGGGGCUAAGCGGAGCGAGGAGCCGGGCUGGCCGACAAGCGCUGCGAGAUGCUGAAGCUGGAGGUGGCGGUGAGCGCGGUGAGGCUGCAGCGGAGCCCCAGCAAGGCUCACACGGUAUUCAAAGUGGAGAUCGUGUGUAAUGGAAGGAAGCAUUGCGUGGAGAAGCGCUACAGCGAGUUUUACGCACUUCAUAAAAGGAUCAAGAGGAGCUACCAGGUUCCUGAUUUCCCACCCAAGAGGGUCCCCAAAUGGAUGGUGAAAGUUCUGCAGCAACGGCGGGCAGGCCUAGAAGCUUACCUGCAGGGUGUCAUCUUGCAAAACCAAACCCUUCCCAAGGAGCUGCUCCAUUUUUUGAAGCUCUGGCAGGGCCAGCAGGAGACUCAUUUGGCAUGGGAUGAGAAUUCUUCCUUGCACGACUUCAGCCCCUGUGACCAGCUCUCUCACCGGCCUGGCGUAAAUUUCCACAGCGAUCCGUAUGUGCUCCCCUCUUCCACAGAUUUGCUUCCGAAUAUCAUCCUGAGCGGCGUCCUCCAGGGUCUCUACGCCCAAGACCUACCCUCUCCCUGGAAGCAAAGCUCUUAACCGAGUGAGAGAUGCAAAGGACAAUGGCAGUGGCCCAUGGGGCUUGUCGUCUGCUCCUUUCUUCCUUGCCUAGGGUUGUCAUGGAGAGGCCUGCUUUGCAACGGUGUGCCUGGAGAGAGGAGCACGUAAAAAGCAGAGGGACGGAGGGCAUGACAUCCUGGCUGCAGAAACAUCCACCUGAGUUUCACCCAGCGGAGGGGGAAAAAAAAUCCAUACGAGUAGAUCCUAGGUUUGUUGAGUAGGGUAUCAAAUUAAAUGCACUGUGGUUUA